AUGUUUUCCCAGUCCUUGCAAUUAGGCGAUAAUACAUUUGAUGCACUAGAAAGACAACAUGCGAAAGCACAUACGCCUCCAACCAACCAACGAACAACAAGAUCACAACGGAAGCAGCAGAGCAGCACCGAGGAAGUGAUCGAGGAAUCACCAACAAACACAAAAUGUCCUGCCGAAUUGUCGCGACAGCGAAGUGUUCGGGAAAGGUUGCAGAUUAUAUCGACACAAACCAGAGGACGCAAACCAAAAAAUCGUACCGGUAGUAGAUCUGAUGGGCAACAUUCAAGCGCUAGCAAUCUUAAGGGUGGCAAAGAUGCAAAGUGCUCUUCGAUUCGUAGCAAGGAUAAUUUUUCAGAGUUGUUCAAUAGUGACGUUCAGUUCAAUAUCGAUCAAUCUACUCGCAGAAAUGCUUUAAAACGAACACAAGAUUGUCGGCAACAUUCAGAGAAAUCCAACCAUGGACCCUCUCCGGGAAAGCAAAUAUCCAUUCGGCAAAGCGAUGAAUUUGAAGCCCUCUUUCAAAAUAGUGCCUUUUCAAUGGACGCUGUUCGUAGCCAAUCAAUAUUGAUGCCGUCCCAUCCAAACGCUCCUAAAGAGGGCAGUUUUAAUACUCUUUUCGAAGCGAGCGAUUUUACCCUUGAUAAAGCUGAAGAAAUUGCGGCACAUGCGGACAGCCAGCAUAAACAGGUAACCAUGGCUGAGAGUGAACUAGAGAUCUUUAGCGAAACAUUGUUUGAUCGUGCCAUCUCGAGCGAACCCGGUAUGGACGAGCUGUUUGAGACUAGCAGUCUCAUAGAAUCUCUCCGAGUCGAUUCAGCGGACGAUACGAUCGCGGACGUGGCCAUCGACAUAGAAAAUGUUACCUUUUCUCAACCAUUAACAACGGCUAGUAUUGCUUUAGGCCAGGGAGAAUUCGACGAGAACCAUCAUCAGUCACGCCAUGCAGAAAUGGUUAAUUUUAUCGAGUCAGAAUUGGUAAACUCGCUUCGUAACACCAAAGAAUCUUCCCUUUUAGAUACAGUUGCCAACGGGCACGACGAAAGUAGUAUAUUUUCCACAAGUGUAAUAAACCUGCCAAAAGGGCCAAGAACCCAAACUGAGUCAGAAAAGAGACCACUUGUUGGCAGUAUGAGCUUCGAUGAAACGAAAGACUUACGUUUGCUCGUCAAUUGGGGUCUGCCGAGUUCGAUUACAGACGAGUAUGCAAGGAAGGGUAUCGUCGAGCUGUUCCCCUGGCAGGUGGAAUGUCUAUCUCGCAAGGAGGUGGUUCUGGAAGGCAAAAAUCUCAUCUACAGCGCACCAACUUCUGCUGGUAAAACACUUAUGAGUGAGUUUCUGCUUGCCAAAACGAUUACUGAACGAAAAUUAAAAGCAUUGUUCAUUCUUCCGUUCGUGGCCGUUGCACGGGAGAAGAUGCUUUAUCUGAAGGACCUCCUCGAACCAGGUGGGUUGCGCGUUGAAGGGUUUUAUGGCGGUUAUCACCCACCCGGUGGUUUCGAGUCGGUCGAUCUUGCCGUCUGCACGAUCGAGAAGGCUAACUCAAUUGUGAACCGGCUGCUGGAGCAGAACGCCCUCACCACGCUGGGACUUGUUGUGGUCGAUGAAGUGCAUCUCAUUUCGGACCCUUCGCGUGGCUACAUUUUGGAACUGCUGCUCACGAAAAUUCGUUACGUUGCGUCUCGCUGUGAGCAUCGGAUACAGAUCGUCUGUAUGUCCGCCACACUGCCCAACAUUGAUUUACUUGCCCGGUGGCUAAAGGCGGACCUUUACCGCACCGACUUUCGGCCUAUUGCGCUGGUAGAGAUGAUUAAGAUAGGCAAUCGGGUUUACAGUGCGAAAGGUGAAACAAUUCGAGUUCUAAACGGUUCGGUGCUCGGAUACACUAUACCGAAGGAUACGGACCACGUGGUGUUGCUUUGUCUCGAGACGAUUCUUGAAAGUUGCGCGGUGAUCGUAUUCUGCCCAUCCAAGGACUGGUGCGAACAAUUGGCCAUCUCGCUUGCCAGUACGCUACACACGCUUCGCAAAGAUAAUCAUCCGCACGAUGAACUGCGGAAUGAAUUACGCAAACAGUUGGACGGUGUGAGGCAGGACGAGGUACUGCUGCAGCUUCGUAACUCCCCAGCCGGAUUGGACAGUGUGUUGGAAAAAACCGUACGUUAUGGUGUCGCUUUUCAUCAUGCCGGUCUAACGACGGACGAGCGGGACAUUAUUGAGGGAUCGUUUCGAGCUGGUGCGUUGCGCAUUAUCGUGGCCACUAGUACCUUAAGCAGUGGAGUGAAUUUACCUGCUAGACGUGUUAUCAUCCGUACACCCAAGUUCGGUGGCCGACCGAUGAGUUCGUUGACGUAUAAACAGAUGAUUGGACGGGCUGGCCGAACCGGACGGGAUACGCUCGGAGAGUCCAUACUUAUAUGCAGCCCGGCAGAGGAAAAGAUCGGAUGGGAGCUUAGUGGAACCGAGCUACCACCGGUGCGAUCGUGCUUAGACAGUGAGAACUAUGCUCAUUUGAAGCGAGCGAUACUGGAAAUCAUCGCCUCUGGCAGCGCCACUACAUCUCAGGAACUGGAAACGUUUGUCAACGCAACGCUGUACAGCUGUGAACGGGAGCAUCGUUUCACAGUGAACGAUCAGCUUUACCAAACGAAAUGGUUAAAACCAAAACGAACACUAGUCGGUGACGAGAUGGAUCCUCACGAGGGUAGUGAGGAAAUGGAUCCAAUUGUCUCGUGCAUAUCUUUUUUGCUUGAAUAUGAGUUCAUUCGCCUUUUGCAACAGGAUCACGUGGAGGAUGGCAAUACGUCCAUCAUUACCAAGCGAACCGUCCUCAACGCUACCAGGCUUGGUCAUGCCUGCUUAGCGGCGUCGCUACCACCGAAGGAUGGAUUUCUUCUGUUUAGUGAGCUGCAACGUGCUCGGCAGUGUUUCGUGCUGGAGUCGGAGCUGCAUGCAAUCUACCUAGUGACACCGUACUCGGUUGCCUACCAGUGGCAGCAGAUCGAUUGGAUGGACUUUCUCGAUCUAUGGGAAAAGCUACCCAGUGCUUCAAAGCGCGUCGGUGAGUUGGUCGGUGUAAAGGAAUCAUUCAUGGUGCGUGCAAUGCGUGGUGCCGCCAAUCUGGACUAUCGUAGUUUGCAGAUACACAAACGCUUUUACACAGCACUGGCAUUGCUCGAGCUGGUGCACGAAGUGCCGCUGGGCAAUGUUGCACAUAAGUUUAAAUGCUGCCGAGGGUUGUUGCAAAGCCUGCAGCAAGUAUCGGCCACGUUCGCCGGCAUUGUGACUGCGUUCUGUGCGUCGUUAAACUGGACUCUUCUACAGCUGCUGGUUGCGCAAUUCCGCGAGCGUUUGUUCUUCGGUGUGGCGCACGAGCUACUCGAUCUCAUGCGCAUACCUUCGCUGAAUGGACAACGUGCGCGAUUGCUGUACGACGGUGGAAUUACCGGGCUGGUGCAGUUAGCAAAUGCGGAACGACUCACGGUCGAAACCAUUCUGCACAAUCGUACCAGCUUCGAGGCUGAACGCGUACGCGAAAACGAAAACGAAUACGAGGCGGAACGCAGGAAGCGUCUGCGUAAUCUUUACCUCACUGGACGAUCGGGCGUAACUGUGGAGGAGGCAGCGCGAUUGCUCAUACAGGAAGCGCGUAACUAUUUGCAGUUAGAGCAUGGUCUCGCAAAUCCAUGCUGGUCACAGACGAUCGAAACUGGUGCGGUGAAAAAGAAUGAAGGCGAUGGAGAUGAGCAGCAAAUAGAACAGGAACUUAAAGGCGAAGAAGAGCAUAAUCGUUCGAGUACGGCGAAAGCUGACGAACAAACAUCUAGCCUGCUCUUGUCGCAUGGUGAAUCAUCGAAUUCAACACACUUUCACAACUCCCUGCUGAUGAGGAACGAUCGUGCGGGUAAGAAGAGUGCGGUCAUGCAUAAUGAUAGCACCAAACGACUAACAAUCAUCGAAGUCUGCAAGGAACUUGCCGCGUAUGAACAGUUUUGCCAGCUUGUUGCCAAGCAAAGCUCUUUAACGAUCGCAUUCGGCGUUGCGCAGGAAGAGUCUCCUUCCGGUACCAGCAUUGGAGGACAUCUACAGAAGAUCGAACGUAUAUCUAAGGCUCGCAAACGAUUGUUUGCAUACCCGUUUGAUGAUAACCUUUACCUCGCUGGGAUGGCAAUGGCAAUGCAGGAUACGUCGUCUAUUGUAUAUUACAUCGAUUUUCAGAACGACACGAUCAUAGAUAGGAACGAAAAGGUUCGCUUUUUACGCACCCUGUUCAGUAGGGAAGCAGUAACGAUUACGCUGCUUGACGCCAAGGAUCAGUUGAAGAUCGUCUACCGGGCAGGAUUAAUUCCUGCUGCGGAAGGCGAUGAGCUGAUGGCCGCUACGAUACAGGAUCCAAGGAUAGCUUGCUGGUUGCUUCAAACAGACACAGAAACUCUCACAUUAGAUGCAAUGAUCGAACGACACUGUCCCACACUGAAGGAGGCCGAAUUGAUGUGGACAGGACAGCGUUGGGUAACGCCCAAGUGGACCGGCCAUGGUUUGAACCACCACAGUCCGAUCGAUGCCAAACAGCGAUGCGCCGUUGAGUGUCUGCUAAUUAGCCAAUUGAUGCCGUGUAUAGGUAAGCGACUUGCUGUUAGCGGAGAUUCGCUUCUGGUCUGUUUUACGUCACGGGAAAUGCCUGUCCAGCUGGCAUUGGCACGUGCCGAAGUGAUCGGAUUUCCUGUCGAUCGUGAUCGUCUGGGAGUAUUGAUCACACGCCUUAAAGCAUGUCGCGAUCGCAUCGCGGACGAAGCGCGAAAACUCAAUGGUAACCGUCGACUUGACUUCGGUUCAUCGCGUGCCGUUGCUAAAGCGUUGCAACUAGCCAGUGGCAAUCAAAAGCGUUGCCGCACGGUGCGACAGGUACUGGAGCGGCUGGAAAGUCCACUAGCCGCGCUCGUGAUUGCACAUCGUAAAAUAGAAAGUAACCUCACCAGGACUAUCGAACCAUUGUACCGGGUCAUACGUCCCGGUUGUGGACGGGUGCAUGGACGUAGCUUCUGUUUCACUUCAACUGGUCGCAUUACUAUGCACGAACCCAAUCUGCAGACGGUGGUGAAGGACUUUACUGUACCGGCCGGUCUUGGAUACGAAACGGAUGGUGAGCGUAUGUUCAGCUGUCGCAGCACGUUCGUGUGUACCGAUCCCGAAAGGACGGUAUUGCUUUCUGCUGACUUUUGUCAGCUCGAAUUGUGCAUUCUAACGCACCUGUCUCAGGACCGGCAAUUACUGACGGCACUGGGUGCUAACGAUGGAAGCGAAUGUAAGGACGUGUUCCGAGCGUUAGCGGCUCGCUGGAACCAGAUCGAAAGGGAAUCGGACGUAAGCGAAGAGCUGCGAAACCGCACAAAGGCAAUUGUUUACGGCGUUAUUUACGGUAUGGGUAUACGCACACUGGCAGCCGAAUUGCAACUCGAUGAGGAUGCGGCACGAACCGUAAUGGAACAAUUUCACGCCACCUACCCAGAGAUACGUCGCUACAUCGAGCGUGUCGUACGGUUAACCCGACAGCUUGGAUACAUCGAAACGCUAACCGGGCGGCGACGCCAUUUGCCGGCCAUUUCCAGCGAGAAUGCCCGUGAACGUGCUGAAGCAGAGCGUCAGGCGGUCUGCACCACAAUCCAGGGUUCGGCAGCCGAUAUUCUAAAGAACGCUAUCGUGCGCAUGAGACGUAAUUUGGGUAAAUAUCGGAACGUACUAGAGUUGGGCGAGAUUCGGUUAGUGUUGCACAUGCAUGAUGAACUGAUCUAUGAGGUUCCACGCAAACAGCUACCUAAGGUGGCUAAGAUACUCAAAUCCAGUAUGGAGAACUGUGCCAAACUGAGCGUGCCGCUAAGGGUAAAAUUAAAAACCGGCCCCACUUGGGGUACGAUGCAAGAAUUGUCGUUGGGACGAUAGCCGAAGGGCAG